AUGGUCUCAAGGUCUAUAGGGGUGAGGCACAGACUGCUUUAUUGCUCUUGGAAGAAUUUCCAUCGCAUUUACGAUUAUCCAAGCCAAGCCUCACAUGAUAUACUCACUCACCCAAGGAAGGACGUGAAGGACUCCAUCCUCCUUGUCCAUCCUACUUGCGGACCCACUCAGCCGGGUGACAUCGAUGGCCUCGUGCGCAUCCAGACCUACGAGGCCCUGAAGACGGAGACCGAGAAGGAGUACCCGAUGUUCCGAUGGGCCUACCUGCCGUACAGCAUGAAGAUGGCUGGACCUAGGGAG